AAGAUAUUGGCGUGGGUUCCUAUUCUAUUUGAAAAAGGUGUAUUCACAAGGUUUCCAACAUGGAGUAUGCAGUAAAGAUUAUUGACAAGAGCAAGAGAGACCCCACUGAGGAAAUAGAAAUACUGUUGCGAUAUGGGCAGCAUCCUAAUAUCAUUACAUUAAAAGAUGUGUAUGAUGAUGGAAAAUAUGUGUAUUUAGUAACGGAACUAAUGAAGGGAGGGGAACUUUUAGAUAAAAUACUGCGGCAAAAGUUCUUCUCUGAGCGAGAGGCAAGUGCAGUGCUACACACGAUAACCAAAACCGUAGAAUACCUCCACUCCCAGUGGGUCGUCCACCGGGAUCUCAAGCCAAGCAAUAUUCUUUGUGUGGAUGAGUCUGGGAACCCUGAGUCUAUUAGAAUUUGUGACUUUGGCUUUGCAAAGCAACUCAGGGCAGAAAAUGGUUUGCUUAUGACUCCAUGCUAUACUGCAAAUUUUGUGGCUCCUGAGGUUUUAAAGCGUCAAGGCUACGAUGCGGCAUGUGAUAUAUGGAGUCUGGGUGUGCUGCUUUAUACAAUGCUGACGGGAUACACUCCUUUUGCAAAUGGACCAGAUGACACACCAGAAGAAAUCCUAGCAAGAAUAGGAAGCGGAAAGUUCGCUCUAAGUGGUGGUUAUUGGAAUUCUGUUUCAGAUAUUGCCAAGGACCUGGUUUCAAAGAUGCUUCACGUGGAUCCACAACAAAGAUUAACUGCAGCCCAAGUACUGAAGCACCCCUGGAUAGUACACUGUGACCAGCUGCCUCAGUUCCAGCUGAACAGACAAGAUGCUCCACACCUAGUAAAGGGAGCCAUGGCAGCAACUUAUUCUGCUUUGAACCUUAAUCCACUGUCGCCCGUACUGGAACCUGUUGGUCGUUCUACUCUGGCUCAGAGGAGAGGAAUAAAGAAGAUUACCUCCACGGCCCUGUGAAAGUCAAGUCAUCUAGUAGGAGCGACCUGUAGCUGAAGAUUCGCAGCACAACAAAAAGCCAUCAGUGAUAGCACAUAUCAAAAAGCCACUCGGGCAGCACAUGCUCCCGGUCCCUGCCGGCUCUCGUAAUCAAUGCUGCUGCUUUUGUCUGUUCUCAGUAGUUCAGUGAUGGAAAAAAAAAACACAUCUUACAAUGCCGGGGACUUUGAUUUAGGCUUUUCACCUCUGCAACUGAAGAAGACACUGAAAAUGAAACAAAAGGAAGACAAAUCUCAACGCUGAACAGAAGUAUUCAUAGUCCUCCAACAUAACGGGUUCUAGGUUCACUUUUUAUUUGAGCACUUGCAUACUCUCAGCUCUUUGCUCCUUAAAAUGAUGUAUACAACAUGCCACUCCGCCUUCUGCACUUUCACACAACAUAUUCAAGUGAAAUUUCUACAUCUGCCUUUUCGAUCAUCUUUUGCCUUGUCUUAAUAGAGAAUACCAGUAAACCCCCGAUUCUC